GGCAAAUUUGUUUUUUUUUAUACUGAAGUCUAUACUAUAUUAGCUGGAUAAUUAUCACCAGGGCUGGUGAGCUGGCCUCUUUCACUUUCCUCUGGCUUCACUUGCAGAACAAAAGGGGUUUGCUUCCCUUUCUCCUGGAUAGAAUGUCCCCCAUGCCCCCCCCCCCCCCCCUUUCUGUUACUGAUCUUGACCACAAACUCUAAAACUUUCUGGUGCUUUAUUCCCUCCCUCUCUUAUUCAUUAUUUGCUUUGGAUCACCGCCCUCCUUACAACUGUCCACAGACUCAUCUCCUUGGAAACAGCAGAAGUUGUUUAUGUGAAAGUCAUAGGGAAACUAAAGCAGCUGCAGGUGUGCAAGGGAGCCGUGUUCCACUGGAGGGUAUAGGAAAGCCUCUGAAACAGUGCUGGAAGAGCUGUUCCUGGAAACUUUUUUCUGUUAUCAGAAACUUUUUUCCCUGCCCACCCAAUAUGAAUGGCUUUUCCUGCGGUGUGCUUCAUCAGCAGGUUCCAGUCUUGCUGCUAUGGGUUCCAAAUCAAAGAACAGUUUCAUCGGAAGCUUUCUUCAGCCACCAGAUAGGAUGCUUCCUGCAGGCUUUGCUUGUAUAGAAUCACAAAAGUUGGCAGCUGUUGGUGGUGACAGGCCUUCUAUCUUCAAUAACCAAGCUCUAGUGGCAGCCAUGAAAACUCUUCACGAAAAGAUGCACCGUCUACAGUUGGAGAAGUCAAAAGCUGAAGAUAAUCUGUGCAGCCUCUCCAUAGCAGCUGCUCAGUAUAAGAAGGCAGUAGAGCAUGAAUCCUACAAAAAGGACACAGCACAUGAAGAACUGAUGCAACAGAGGAAAGAUAUAAGUGUGCAGUUAAAUGCAGCACAAUCCCGCUGCUCCCUGCUGGAGAAACAGCUGGAUUACAUGAAGAAAAUGGUCUCCAGUGCAGAACUGGAAAAUAAAAUGGUUUUGGAACAACAGGCCCAGCUUCAGAAAGAGGAAGAUCAGAACCUGUUGAAACUGUAUGCAAAACUUGAAAAGCUUGAAAUGCUAGAAAAAGAGUGCCUUAAGCUUACUGCUACUCAGAGAAUUGCAGAAGACAAGAUCAAACGCUUAGAAGAAACGCUUUGUGAAGAGCAUCAGCGUAAGCUAGUACAAGACAAAACUGCUGAGCUCCAAACAGGAUUUGAGAUGAACAGAAUUUUGUUGUCUUCAGUGACAUCUCAAAAUGAACCUAAAAAGGAAAACAUGAAGAAGAAAAAAAUUAAGAAGAGAAAUCCUACAGUGAAGAAAAUGCACCUUUCACAAUUACAUGUAAGGGCUGGUGAACUACCUUUUGUAGCUGGGAAGUCUGUCAGCUCCAGCCAUUCUGUUAGUGCAAACGUUCAAAGUGUGUUGCACAUUAUGAAGUAUCACAAUCCAUGUAUCUCAUCACGAAGCCAAGGAGGAGCUACAUCUGGGAUUUCAGGACACACAGCCCUUUCAGAAUCUGUAUCCUCUUGUUCCACAUCACCUAUUGCCACCAGAAGCCUUUCUGACCUUCUGUUGGCCAUGCAAGAUGAGCUGGGCCAAAUGAGCUUUGAGCAUCAAGAACUUCUGAAGCAGAUACAGGAGACUCAAGACUCCAAAGUUCGUCAACACCUAGAACAGGAGCUGGAUUGCCUUGUAAAACAAAUGGAGAUUAAAGGAAAACAAAUAUUCAAGCUGAAAAAGCAUGAGGCUACUGUGCAGAAAUUAAAGAGAGAAACUCAGAAAUUGAAGCAAGGGGCAGCUCAGGUCAAACUGAAGUGUCCUGGGCAGAAAAGCAGAAGCUCUCUUCAGCUGCUAAAAAAUGUACAGAAACUUCAGUCAAAACUGAAAAAAGAUGGUAUCAUGUAGUAACAAUAGUUUUGAAGUUUACUGUGGUUUAAGUUUUUAAUUUCACAAAACACCUUUAAAAAAUGAAAUAGAUAUAGCGUAGAUAUAGAUACACAUUCCAAACUGCCUACUCACUAACAGGCCAGUUUGUUCACCUCAGAAUUAACUUUCAUGCAGAGUAGCUAUAACUCAACUACACUGACUUGUAAUAAAAGUGUUUUAAUGGAUUAAUGAAAUGCUUACUUGUUAACUUGUAUAAUAAAAUUUUAUACUUUUUUUACACUUAGAA